AUGUGGCAAGAAGUUGAAUUUCUGGUUACUAAGUACCGGCUUGACGCAACCAUAGUACGAUGUAUCUUAAAGAAAAAAUUUCUAUCUCAUUCUCUGUUUUCUAAAGAUCUCUAUGUUGAAAUACAACGGUAUCGACCAUCAAAUAAUGAAGAUGAAACUAAUAUAUUAACAAAUUUGUUUUGGAUAAGUCCAGAACAAAUUUUGUUAUGGUAUGAGUUUGGUGAGUCAAUUGGUCAUAAUAACACAGCGGGUACCAAUAGAUACAACAUGCCACUUUCUUUGUUUGUAGCUCAGGAUGAUAAUAUGCAAUCUCCAUUUACAUUAGGAAUUCAAUCUAUGUCUUUCAUCAAAAGUCAAAAUGCAUGCAUCAAGAGAGUAUUAGAAAGCAGUAAUACAUCUUUGUGUACUCCUUCUUCAACAAAUAUUGUUACUAUUUUUCCUACUAUCGAAUCUUUAGUAAAACGCUAUUUAAGGCCGAACGUUUCUCAUUUUUUAAUAGAACAAAUGAAGGAAAGUUUGUAUUAUAUGGCCAGUCAUUCUACAGUUGAAGAGGUCAAGUUACUUAUUAUUUGUGAAUCAUCACAAAGUAAAGACAUGAAAGGUGAACUUGAUGCUGUUAAUUUAUCAGCCAAAUAUCUUUUGGAUCGCUUAGAACGAAAUACAAUUGAGGAGAUUUGGAAAUUGUCAAGGGUUACAAGCAGUAAAAUUAAUCAUUUUGUAUUUCUUCUUUCUAAUAGCUCAUAUAGUUGUACAUGCCUUUUACAACAAAAAAAAGGUCUUCGCUGGAUUCCAAGAGACCAACGAUUAGGUAUUGCAAAGGAGGGUAUAUACUUUGGUCAAAGGUUUGGUAAUGUCAUUACCAAUAUAGAUACUGCACCAAAGAAUAUUGAAGGUCGAUUUGUGUGGUUACAGCCAUUUAACAAUAAUGAAACAGGUGAAACCACAAACGAAGGAUAUAUUAAUAAAAUACUUUUUUAUGAGAAAGUUUGGGGCCUUGCACGUACUGCUAUAAACAAAUACAUGUUACAUUGUGACCAUGAAUUUGUUUGUUUAAUUGAAGAGUAUUUGAGCAGGAUUCAUAUUAGAGAAGAUGAAUUAAUUGGAGAACAAGAAACCUCGACACAUACUUCAUUUAACAGACAUACUAUUGAAGACAUACCACUUGCGAAUCUUCGAAAGGUUACUGUUAAGGGAAGACCAAAAGCAGCAAGUCACAAGAAUGCUGCAAAAAUUACAUUACAAGAUACAGGAAAUAAAAAGAAACAUGGACAAUACACUUGCGGAUUUUGUAAAGAGCUAGGCCACAAUGUAGCAACUUGUCCAAAUAAGGUAGAAGA